GGUGGCACCAGUUCGGAGCGGAGUCAGUGUGCGCGGCGGCACCGCACGCAGCCCGGAUCCAGAUGACAGCUCUGUGAUAACAAGCGGAACAGCAGGCGAACCUUUCAUGUUUUGCAGUGACGCGAAGCGGCUCUGAUUUUUCCUCUUCUUUUUAUUUUUUAAAUUCCGACAAAGAGGAUUACCAUUCCCCCUGUUUUUCAGCCGGGUUUGAUCAAUUAUGCCAGCUGACACUAUGGAAAAGCAGACGGCAUCUCCUAUUGCCGGAGCUCCUGCAAACGGAUCGCACAUACCGGACAAACCAAAAAAUGCCAGCGAGCACAGAAAAUCGUCCAAACCUAUUAUGGAAAAACGCCGGAGAGCGAGAAUAAAUGAGAGCCUCCUGCAGCUCAAGACUCUCAUCCUGGACGCACUAAAGAAAGAUAGCUCCAGACACUCCAAGUUGGAAAAAGCAGACAUCCUGGAAAUGACUGUGAAGCACUUGAGGAACUUGCAGCGCGUGCAGAUGAGCGCAGCGCUCUCAGCAGACGCCACGGUCAUGAGUAAAUACAGAGCCGGAUUCAACGAGUGCACGAACGAGGUCACCCGCUUCCUGUCUACUUCCGAGGGGGUGAGCGUGGAGGUGAGGUCCAGGCUCCUCARCCACCUGUCCAGCUGCAUGAGCCAGAUGAUGCCGGUGAGCUACCCGCAGCAGGCCCCGGCCCAGCAGGCGCACCUGGCCCAGCCCCUGCACGUGCAGCUCCCAUCCUCCAUGCCCAUCAGCGGUGCGCCCAUGGGCUCCAAGCUCAGCCCYGUGGAGGCCGUGUCCCCUAAGGUCUUCGGUGGCUUCCAGCUGGUCCCGGCAACAGACGGACAGUUCGCCUUCCUGAUCCCCAACCCGGCCUUUACCUCCGCCACGGCUCCCGUCAUCCCGCUGUACGCCAACGCAGGGGUUCCUGUGGCGGUGAACUCCAGUCCGGUGCACGGCAGCUCGGCACCGACCGCCGCGUCCCCGGUCCACGGUAUGACGUCCUUCUCCGGGGGGUCCCAGGCGGUCAGCCCGGUGGGGGUCAGCGCGGGCUCGGAGAGCAGCGAGCCCGUGUGGCGACCCUGGUAGUUGAAAAGAGCAGAGACUCUUAAAAAAGAAGAAGAAGAAAAGAAAGAAAUUUGAACUGGCUGCACACAUUUGUUGCAGGGUUUUAAACCUGCGACCUUUUUUUAUUUCGGGGAUGGUACCUCAGACCACUCACUACCCCUCCACUGAAUGUUUCGUUUUAUGGAACAGGUGUUGCUUUAAAUAGCGCAUGUUUUUUUUAAUAAUAAUUUAUUGUUGAUUCCAAUAUUUGGAUGUCGAUGGUGAUGAUGCAGAUAAAAGAUUUAUAGGAAAAGUUUGUCAUGAAGUACUUUUUAUGAAAAGAUUUAGUUUUGUAAAGAGGUGUCAUUGAUUGUUAUACCAAAGCUGUGUUUUAUACUCUGUUUUUGUUUUGUGAUUAAAAAGAGGGAAAAAAACUGAAGUCGGGUGGCAACCCAAAUGUUUUAAUAAAAGAGAUUUUUGACAUCAUUGUUUA